AUGGGGGUUAAAAUAAGAGUAGCCUCCUGGAAUAUGUACAAUGACGUCUGGCACUCCGUUCGCGAAGCGGCAGAGAGUAGAACUGCCACCCGUUUUAAGAGUUGCUCCCGACUGAGAUUUCUCAGCGAAAGGUUUUCGUGCACCCCCUUUGACGUCAUGUGCCUGCAGGAGGUAUCCCCACUGCUGAUCUCAAGCCUGCAAAAAUGGUGUGCUCAUCACAACUUGACGUUGGUGGUGCCUUCGCAAAGUACCCUGACAUCCAGCAGCAACAAAUGCUGCGUCUUAUUCGACAAAAAAUUCAACCUGGUUGCCAAGAAACAUUUUCAUCUCAGCGAGGCGGUGUCAACCCAUCUGGUGGGUUACGCUCACCAGGGGGAAAGUGACAUCGAAGAGGCAUUCAUUAAGGAGCUCAGAAUGAGAAACAGUAUGGCUACGAUGCUUCUCCUGGAGCUUCCCCAAGUAGGAACAAAAAUCCUUCUGACCGUUUGCAACUGUCACAUUUAUUGGAACCCAGCAUAUGCCGACGUGAAGUUGUUCCACACUUUCCUCAUUGUUAAGGAGCUCUUCCAGUUUGUGCGUUCCUCUCUGGAGUCGUUUCCUUUUGUUCCUCUGCUGCUGAUGGGGGAUUUCAACUCCACUCCCUGUCUGGUAGGCGUUGCAUUCUCAGCAAACUUGGUUCUACAAACCUCUUCUCAGCAUAGUCAGGGAUCCCCCGCGGAUGGCCAACUCAGCGGAGUGUACGAGCUCAUAACCACGGGAAGACUUUCCAUGAAGCACCCCCACCAUCCGGCGCAUCUUCGGAAAGACGAAGCCUUCCUAAAGUACGGAGACCUCCGCAUAGAUCCGUUCCAAAGCGCCUUUAGGGAGGUAAAACCGUGA